GACGCUGUGCACGCAGCUGAUGGAGCAGAGCUACGGGGAGGUGAACCAGCUCGGGGGGAUGUUCGUGAACGGCCGCCCGCUGCCCAACCCGGUGCGGCUGCGCAUCGUGGAGCUGGCGCAGCUCGGCAUGCGGCCGUGCGACAUCAGCCGCCAGCUGCGCGUCUCCCACGGCUGCGUGUCCAAGAUCCUGGCGCGCUACCACGACACCGGCUCCAUCCUGCCGGGAGCCAUCGGCGGCAGCAAGCCCCGGGUCACCACCCCGGCCGUGGUCGACAGCAUCCGGGACUACAAGCAGGGAGACCCGGGCAUCUUCGCCUGGGAGAUCCGGGACCGGCUGCUGUCGGACGCGGUGUGCGACAAGUACAACGUGCCGUCCGUGAGCUCCAUCAGCCGGAUACUCAGGCACAAGCUCGGGGCUCUCUCACCGCCGUGCGAGAGCGGCACACCGGGCCCGGCUCAGCUCCAGUACGGGCACGGCGUCUACCCGUACUCCCCCUACACCACCGGGCCCGGCAGUGUGGGCCUGCCGCGCAGCUGGCACAACAUCCUGGGCAUCCGAGCCUUCAUGGACCCGACAGCUCUGUGUGGAUCUGAUGGCCACUCAGCAAAAAUGGAGGACUGGACCAGUUUGGCCAGUAUGAGCAGCAGUGAGCCGGACAUCAAGUACCAUCAGCAGUCUUCGUCCAGUCUGCCCGGUUACGUCUCAGCUUGUGCGUAUUCUCCACCGCACCAGUACGGCAUGUACGGGGGUCCAGCAGCCAACUACAUGAGCACCGGGCACCACUGGCAGCUCCAGUCCUCCAGUCUCCCUCCCAGUCUCCCUCCCAGUCUCCCUCCCAGCCUCCCUCCCAGUCUCCCUCCCAGCCUC